GACGCGGGGCCGACGCCGCCGGUGUGGAUCUUCUGUGUGGAGGCCAGGCUUUGAGUUCACGUCGCGCAAAGUGGGCUUCAUCCGCGGCUACAGCCGUCGCUUCUGGCAAGGAGACACCUUCCACCGCGGCAGCGAGAGGAUGCCUGGCCGGGUGGUGACGCUGCUGGAAGACUGCGGGGCAUGCACGUGGGGUGUAGCCUAUGAAGUCCGUGGGGAACAAAUUGCUGCAUCACUCCAGUAUCUCAACAUGCGAGAAGCUGUCCUGGGAGGCUACGACACCAAGUUGGUCAAGUUCCACCCUCAGGAGAAAGAUGGAGAGGAGCCCAUCCUGGCUCUUGUUUACAUCGCAACCCCCCAGAACCCUUCUUAUCUUGGCCCAGCAUCUGAAGAAGACAUUGCAGCUCAAAUCAUUGUCUCAAGUGGUUGUGCUGGACAUAACAUUGAGUACUUGCUGAGACUGGCAGACUUUAUGCGAUACUUUUGUCCUCAAGCAGAGGACAAACAUCUCUUCUCCAUCGAAGAGGCUCUUAUUUCCAUCCUUCCAUGCCUAUACUACACAGAGGACUCUCUAGAAGAAACAGCAAGCGUCCCUCAGAAGUCUAAGAGUUGA